AUGUUCUCGGAACCCUCACAGUCGCUGUACUGGCCGCCCGAUGUCGCCCGCUACGACAUGGAGGCCCUGCUGUUCUCGUCGUCGGGCUGGCUGCGCACGGCGUGCAUCGUCUCGGCCCUCUUCUGGGUCGCCUUCCGCGCCUACCAGGUCCUCACGCAGCCCGUCGAGAAGCUGGUGCAGGUGCUCGGCCUCGAAGUCCCCGUCGCGCCCCUCGUCUCGCUCGCGGGCAUCAAGGCCGAUGGCGUGCUGCUGCACUGGAAGCCGCCCGACCAGCGCGCCUCGGUGCUCAAAUACGUGAUCCGCAUCAACGGCAUCGACAUUGGCGACAUCUCCCCGCAGGAGUCGUCCAUCACCAUCGAGAACCUGCAGCCCGACCGCCACUACACCAUCCGCAUCGUCACCCUCAACUCGUCCAGCUUCCAAGCCCCCAGCGUGCCCAUCCGCCUGCGCACCCUCCCCGCCGACUCCGAUGACUUUUACGGUCCCUCCCCACCCAAAGACGCGCCCCUCGCCAGCGACGACAAUGAUUACACCCCCACGCCCGUCAUCCGUCCCAACAAGACCCUCGCCGAUGUCGUCACCUCCGUCGCUGCCCCGCCGAUGACCCGCGAACACAGCAACAGCACCUCCCGCAUGCGCCGCCCCGACAUCGGACGGAAGAUCUCGCCAGCAUCGCAGAUGCAGGACCAAGGGAGGGCAGCGCAAGAGGCAGAAGGCCCAGACUCGAUCCGGCAGUUGACAGAGAAGCUGGACGGCCUCAGACGCGAGUUGGACGACAUGGAGCGCCAGAUCCAGGACGAGGACCAGGAGUUUGUCACGCAAAAGGCCAUCUUGGUGGACAAGCGUGACGAGAAGAAAGCGGCAUUGAAAGAAAAGGAAGAUGCCAGUCGCGACCUGCGCAAGGAGGUGGCUAGUCUGGAACGUCAGAACGCCGCGGCCCAGACCAGGCGCGCUCAGCAGGAACGGGUGCUGCGUCAAAAGGAAGCCGAGCGCAAGAAGCUGAAGGACGACGUUGCCAAGUGGACCAGAGAGGCGGGCGAACUCCGCGACACUGCUGAGAAGAUCAAGAAGGAGCAGACCGAGUACCAGGCAGCCUCCGAGAAGCGCGUCCAGGGCCUCAAAGACAAGUACGCCGACGAGACGCAGGCGAACAAGGUCUUGGAAGACGCCAUCCGCGAGAAGGGUAUCCACAUCAAGGCUCUGGAAGAGGAGAGGCAGAAGCUGGAGGAAGGUCAAGAAGGCGCCGAAGCUACAGACGGCCCCGACAAUGCAGAGAAGGAAGAGGACAAUCGCUGGAAGAUGACGCUGGGUCUUUUGCAGCAGCAGUAUGCUCAGGCUUGGGCGCUAUACGCCGAGGCCGAGAGAGCCCAUCAGGAUGCCACGGGCAGAUUGACCUACAUGCAGCAGCGCCGCCUGAGCCAGCCGCAACUCUUCUCAGGACCGCCAGUCCCAGAAAUGGGUCCCGUCAGGAGGAACAGCCAGCGUGCGCGACCGCUAAGCAUGCGCGAAGGGCUCCUGGCUCAAGCAACUGGUGGCUUCGUGCAUACUUCAUCAGCCCCGUUCAACAGCAUCCCGACGACUUCAUCACCCUCAUUCGCUACCGCCACGCCAUACUUCAACCCCGUCAACGGCAUGGCAUUGCCUCCUCCUCGGAAUUACAGCACAUCCUUCUCGCAGGCCGACUUCGAGAGCUUGACCGGCGGAGCGCCAAUGAGUCCAACAGCCGGUGCAUUGCUUCCAGCGGGAUUAUUCGGGGAUGAUCUAGGCUUGACGGAAGACGAAGACGACGACCCAGGUCCACCCCAAGCACCGUCGCUGGAUCCUUCACCCAACAUGAGGAACGUCCUACCUGGUCUUGGAGCCCCUGGAACCAUGAACCACACGCAAAACUCGAGCUCACCAGCUUCUCCACAGAGCGGCUCGCCCAGUGCUCUAGCAAGUCCUCGGGACAGUGCUGGUGAACUCAACUUUUAUCCCAGUAAUGACAACAACAUGGACAACGACAGGCGCUCCAUUCACUCAACAUCCAGCUCCUUCCAGAUCAAUCCCCAAGCCAGUCGUUUUGGUGGGCUCUUUGGACUGAACCGAGCACGGGGUAAGACCUUCUCCGAUGAGGGUCCAGCGCUGGGCUCCUUGAAACCGUCACAAAGUCAGUCACUACCCCGCCAGGACCAUGGCAUUGACGGUCUGGGUAACACUCGCCGCCGCGGUAGCCAUUCCGAAGGCGCAUGGUACGACACAUUCAUCCGCACCAAGACUCAGCCGAUUGAGUCGCUUAGUAGUCCAAAGCAUGUGGCUACACGCAAACGACCGUUCAAUAUGUUCAGCAGCGCAAAGGGAGGUGAAGACCCAUGGCUGCGUAAUAUUCUAGGCAUGCAGAGGCCGGAAUCUCCGCGUCAGGGCUCUACAAACUCGGGAGAAGGUAUGGCUCUGCCACGUCCAUCGACCGAGAGCCAGACGCGCUUCGGCUGGAAUGUGGAUGCCUUCGGUGCUCGGGCUAGUCCUCUUGGAGUCGACUGGAGCGUCAACAACACCAACACCACUUCAUGGUCACGGCUAGGGUCUCGUCGACCCUCGAUGCAACACACGUCGAGCGCAAACCUCAUCAACGACGACAUCCACGACGAUGUUCUGGACUUUCCUUCAAACACACGCUCGCCCACUCAAGCGCCGAUUGGCACUCGACCGCAGUCAUCUGCUUCCCACAUGCCAGCCCAGCCGUCGACCUCAUCACUCCCACCCAUCCCACCCACCCCACCAAAGCAGCUCAACCCCGCAGCAGCAAGCUUCACCAUGUUCCAACUCGGCAAGAAGAACGAAGAAGAAAAAGCCAAGCGCGCCGCCGAGAAAGAAGCCCGCCGAGCCGAAAAGGCAGAGAAGAAGGAAGAAAAGGAAAAGAAGGUCAAGGCCGACAAGGCGGAAAAGGCCGCCCGCAAAGACAAGCACGCCACGCCUUCUGAAGCCGGCGACACCAGAGACACAACUUCUCCUCAUGAUUCCCGCAUGUCGCGAGACACUCCUUCUAUUAUCUCUACAGCCGACGCCUCAGAAGCUUCCCCCCGCGAAUCUCUCGAACGGAGUAUAUCCCACACGGCCUCCGACGCCGCGGGUUCCAUCGGCAAGGAAUCCUUCAUGCAGAAACUCACUCGCAAGGGUAGCACCAACCAGUUCCUCACUUUCGGCAAAAAGAACGCGCUGUUUUCCAAGUCUGCCAAAUCCGACGUACCAAGUACACCCGACGAACAUGAGGAAGAGGGUUCAACGAGCGGGUUCUUCGGCCUUGGGAAGAGUACAGAGAGUGUGGGGAAUAGCCCUCAAAUCGGCACGCCGAAGAGUGGGACGGGCGUUUGGGGGAGUAUUACUAAGAAGAUUGGGAGGAAGGAGAAGGAGAAGGAUAAGACGCCGAGUUUGCAUGAGAGUGUUGCUAGUGAGGCGACGGGGGAUGAGGAGGAUGUGGUUGGACUUGGGGUUGUGUAG